GCAGAAAGAAAGAAAGAAAGAAAGAAAGAACCCGCGCAAAAAGCAAAACCCUUUGGCUGGCUGGCUGGCUGGCUGGCUCACCAGUCUCUUACUGCACUGAAGACGCGCGCAGGGCAGGGCAGGGCAGGGCAGGGCAGCCGCAGAUAAUGCAAUUCCUUCAAACUCCUCGUCUCUUCUCCUUCCUCCCUCCUCCUCCUCCUCCGGCAGCUCCGAAGCCCUAUCUCCCCCAAUUCUCCUCCCUUCUCCUUCCCAUUAAACCCUCUCCCGCCCUCGGCUUCCCCCGAAAAUGCUUCGCCUCCGACGAGUUCCCCGUCGACGAGACCUUCCUCCAGAACUUUGGCCCCAAGGACAAGGAGACCGAGGAUCAAGCCCGCCGGAGGAACUGGAUCGAGCGCGGCUGGGCUCCCUGGGAGGAGGUCCUCUCCCCCGAGGCCGACUUCGCCCGCAAGUCCCUCAACGAGGGCGAGGAGGUCCCCCUCCAGUCCCCCGAGGCCAUCGAGGCCUUCCGCAUGCUCAACCCUAACUACCGCGCCCAGAGGAUCCACGAAAUGGGCCUCACAGAGGACGACUGGUACCGGAAGCAGUUCGAGAUCAAGGGGGAGAUACCCGAGGAGCUGUCUACUGUCUGGGCCGGCCCCGUGGUUGUCAGGCAGGUGGCGCCCCGCGAUUGGCCGCCGCGGGGGUGGGAGGUCGACAAGGAGGAGCUCAGGUUCAUCCGGGAAGGUCACAAGAUGCUGCCGGACACGGUUGACCUGGAGGAUUUAGACGGCAGCAAGGCGCGGAGAGACACGGAUGAUAUGUGCCUGGAAAGGUACAAGGUGUUCCUGAAGCAGUACCAGGAGUGGGUCGACGCCAAUAGUGAUCGAUUGGACGAGGAAUCCUAUAAGUGUGACCAAGAUUACCAUCCUGGCAGAAGAAAAAGAGGCAAAGACUAUAAAGAGGGCUUGUACGAGCUACCUUUCUAUUACCCUGGGCAAAUUUGUCUAGGGAAGGUGACAACUUUGCAUCUUUAUCAAGGAGCAUUUGUUGAUAUUGGAGGGGUAUAUGAUGGAUGGGUGCCUAUAAAAGGCAAUGAUUGGUAUUGGAUUCGUCAUCACAUAAAAGUUGGAAUGAAUGUUGUCGUUGAAAUUUUGGCAAAGCGAGAUCCCUACAGGUUCCGGUUUCCCAUUGAAAUGCGUUUUGUUCAUCCUAACAUUGAUCAUCUUAUCUUUAAUAGAUUUGACUUUCCACCAAUAUUUCACCGCGACGAAGAUACUAAUCUUGAUGAGUUACGGCGUGAUUGUGGAAGGCCUCCAGUUCCUAGGAAAGACCCAGGAUCAAAACCAGAAAAGGAACCACUGUUGUCUAAUCACCCUUAUGUUGAUCAGUUGUGGCAGAUACAUGUUGCUGAGCAAAUGAUCUUGGAUGAUUUGGAGAUGAAUCCGGAGAAGUACAAAGAUAAGAAAUUAUCCGAAUUGGUUGAUGAUAAUGAUUUCGAUGAAGAAAACAGUGUUGAAUACAGUGAAGCCUAUUAUAAGAAAACCCUGCUGCCUAAGAUGGUUCUGAAAACAAGUGUAAAAGAACUUGACUUGGAGGCUGCAUUAGCUGAGCGUGAGUACCAUAACAAAUUAAGGAAGGAAUCGAUGGAGAGGGGAGAGAGAUAUAAGAUCUCCAAGCUGAGACGAAAUAUUGAAAUGGAUGACUAUGACCUGAUACACUGGCAGAGGUCAUAUGAAGAAAGAGAAGCUUUGUUGAGAGAUAUUAGCUGCCGUCAAGCUCUUGGUCUGCCGUUAGAAGAGCCAGGAAGGUAUGUCGAUGCAGGUUACUUUGGAAAGGACCAAUAUGAUCCUGCAAACCCGCUAUACCGUUACGACUACUGGGGAGAGCCCAAGAACUCAGAGAAGAGCAAGCAGGAGCGGAUGACUGAUGCACAUAACAAAUCUAUUGUCGGGAAGGGUAUCGUCUGGUAUGAGAUGCCGUACGAGGACGUCAUCAAACAGAAGAUGCAGAGGGAGGCUAAUCCCUCUAGUGCAACGGUGCAGAAAGAUGAGCAGGAUUCAGAGAGAGGUGAAGAAGAAGAAGAUGACGAUGACGAUGAUGAUGACGAUGAUGACUUCGACUACAGUAUUCUUGGGGACUCUUCUAGUCUUGCUUUCUCCAAUCAGCCUCUAGUCAAUGGGACCGAAUCUUCUCGGAUGACAGAUGAAGGCAUGUUCGAGGAGUAGUCAUACAACGGGAUUGUAUGGAGGCUGCUUCUGAUGGAGUUCUCAGGGCCUGAUGUGUACGCACAUAGCCAAUGCCAGAAAAUUUUGCAGUAAAUACUGUAGUUCCGAUUUUCAUCUUUUUCCCCUCUGGUUUGAGAUUAAGUGGUUUCCCAGAAGGCUGAAGCCUGGUUCUUGUUCCAUGGGGGACUGGACCAGAUCCUUUGAAACCCUAGUCAAGCCCAUGGGCCAUGUUGUGCUUUAGUUUAAAUUGUAAAUCGGUUCUAGUGAGCCUCACUAAAAAAUUUCGAACCCACUAGUUCUCUUCAA